AUGAUCGCUUGGAUCUGGUUUGCCUUGGCGACUCUAUUCUCUUAUGUGCAACAGGGACAGACAGCUUUGUCAUCCCCAGCGCCGCCGCCGCCGCCGGUCACGUACCAGAAUGUGAGCUUGGCGAGUUUUCCAGUGCGCGUCUACGGUCUUGAAGAUCUGGCGCCUCCUGUGAAUGGCACCGUGCCGCCAGUGACGGUAGCCAUAUAUAUGCAUGGCCGUUUUGAGUCUGCGGACAUUGCCGAUCCCCUGGUUCGGUCCUUGUACGCUAGUACUCGGCAGCACAUGGUCGCUGAUCCUGCGGGCUCAUUGCGGGACUUCUUGCUUGUUUCGUUUGACGCUCUGAAUCAUGGCGCACGUACACGGGAUCCUGCACGUCGAUUCGACUUACCACAGAACCCUACUUUCCUGAUCGACCAUUACGGCUACAUUCUAAACAAUCGCGAUAUGGUCUCGUUUAUCAUCGACUUUCUUCCUGUGUAUCUAUUCCCGAACGAUGAGCGUAGCAUUGAGCGCUGGGUUAUCAGUGGCGAGUCUAUGGGUGGCCACUCGGCAUGGCAUGCAUUGGCUGCGGACCGACGUAUCGACACCGCAGCCAUUUUCCUCGGCUCGCCUGACUACAAUAUGAUUAUGCAGGACCGCGCCCAGACGGCCCACAUGAGUGUGGCGCCGCCGACCGCACCACUAUCGUUCCAGCGGCUGGUCAAUGUGACGGAUCCCUCGAUGAAGCCGUUCAACAGCAUGGACCCCGCCGAAAACCCGUUCUGGGGCAAGCACAUCUUUUUGGGCUUGGGCGGUGACGACCCGUUCGUGCCGCUGUCCCUCUCUGCACGGGUGUUACGGGGCCUUGUGCUCGGCUCGAAGAACGACACGUUGGCGCAGCAGUCAUUGGAGAUUUACGAGCAGCCUGGGAUCCAGCAUGCAGUCACACCACAGAUGCUUGAUUUGGCUGGCCGCUGGAUUUACCGCUGGACAAUUGCCAAGCAGCCUGUGACGCUCCCUGGACCGGCUAAGCUACCAUCGCAUACCAUGAGCGCUGUGCCUGCCACUGUGACAGCGAAACCAUAA